AUGUCGACGUCUUCGGCUUCUCAUCAGCCUCCGCCGACCACAUGGAACGAACCACCCUGGACUGGUUGGAUAGAAACAACCGGAGACGCACUUCUUAUCCUCGAGGCUGCUCGUCGUGGCUGGAUACCUCGUGUUACUCGACGCCUUGUCGAUUCCGAGCGCAAAAUGAUUACUUCUGGCUCAGUCUUCGUUUUUGACGAGGAGGAGAGCGGUAUCAAACGCUGGACCGAUGGAUUUUUCUGGAGCCCAAGUCGCAUCCUCGGAAAUUUUUUGCUAUAUCGAGAGACAGAUAAACGCGGUCCAGGUCAUAAGGGCGCACGUCCACAGGAAGAAGCCGCAGAAGUCCCCGAUGCGUCUCCAUCGUCGGAAACACACUCUUUGUCUCGUCCAAAGAGCGAAACGAGUAAUAAUCAUCUUGGGUUUGAUAAGCUUCGGGAGCGGUCUUUGAUGGGCAGUCUUACGAAUAGCUACAAAUUUAAAUCUGACGGUCUAAUGAAAAAAACUUUUUCCUUGAGCAUUGGAGGCGUAGCUCAACAUCUGAUUUCCUACUAUCGCAUUGAGGAUGUUGAGAAUGGUCGUCUGCGUUCUCCAUCGUCCUUGCCUGAGCUGGCGUCCCUGGAUAUCAGCCCGGAAUACCUCGACAAAACACAUUUCCGGAACCCUCCAAAGGUCGAAGUUGGUCCAGACGGAGUCCCUCGGUAUCGCGGUGAAGCAGAUGAUAUCGAAGCGGUUUCCACGUCUUCCAUAAUCUCCGCUCCUCUUUCCACAGGACUCCCGCUCCUCACGGACGGCCGUGUCGCAGACAUCCCCAAACGUCCAAACAAGCGCUUCGAACCCUACUCUACUGCCGCACAACCAGCAGCGAAAAGGCAGCGAAAACGUCCUAAUCAUAAUACCAACAACGACACUUCUCCGCCUGAAUCCCCAACAUCUGAAGAUCGGGAUCGACAACGAGGACGUUCUUCUUCUCAGACGCCCACGCCUUCUUCCUCUUCUUCGCAACCUCCUGUCCCGUAUUCUGAUCCUGAUCCAAGUGUUGCCAGUGUUGGUGUUGUCUCCGGCGUGGGAGUUGCUUCGGCUCAACCAGCUUAUACCGGUUAUUACCCGAUGCCGGGAUAUGGACCCCCUCAGGCUAUGUAUCAUUAUCCUUCUCCUCUUCAACAACCUUCGUCUAUGCCUGCACAAGGUCUUAACGUACCCUCCGCGACCCAGUACAGUGGAUCCCCAGGUCCUGUUUCUGGUCCUCCAGGCCAUCCAGCGUAUUACGGCUAUCGUCAACCAUUUCCGGCAUAUCCUGGUCCAUAUCCUCCUCCUGCAACUACUACAUGGGCAUCAUACCCUGCUCAGCCCGCGCUUCCAUCUCAGCUUCAGCCGAUCGUCACGUCGGUGAAAGAAGGUGAACAUCACUCGUAA